UCAAACUCUCAACAAACUUCAAGUAGAAGAAGAAAUUUGACUUAAUAGAUCCCUUUGGGAAAGAGAUCCUUCCUCAACAAGAAGUAGUUUCUUUGAAUUUGAAGGAUAAUGAGCGAAGAUUCGAAGGAAAGAGGCCUUGCCGGAGACGACCAUCACCACCACCACCAUCAUCUUCAUCAUCAUCGGCCGGAGCAUGAUCAACAACAACUUCAGUACGGAACGUUCCAGGGAGUGGCCAACUAUCCUCCGCAUCCGCAGCCUGUAAUCGGAUUUCCUCAGCCAGUUCCGCCUCCUGGAAUCACUGCAUCAUCACUUCCACCAGGCUCCGAAUAUGAUCAAGGCUAUCAAACCGUUCCAGGUUAUGCUGUUACAGAUGGAAGUCAUGUAAGAGAGGGACGGCUUUCAUGUUGCGGAUGUGGUAUGGGAUGGUUCUUGUUCAUAAUAGGUUUCUUCCUAGCUGCAAUCCCAUGGUAUAUUGGAGCAUUUGUUAUACUCUGUAUCAAAACAGUAGACAUUCGCGAAAAGCCUGGUUAUGUUGCUUGCACAAUUGCCGCUGGUAUUGCUACGGUUGCUAUCGUUUUUGGUGCAACAGCCAAUAAGUGGUAAGUAUCUUAUGAUUCUCUGUAUUUGUAUCAAUGUUGAAGACAUAUAUAUAUUGUAUGUAUAAAACCUCAUAUGCAACCAGUGUCGGUUUGUGAAUGAUUUCACUUUAUAUAAAUUAUUAAUCAAUGGCCGAUCUUGGAUAUAUCUUUUCUCAUGAA